AUGGCAAAAUCAAGAUAUGAAUAUGUAAAAAGUUUUGAAAAAGAUGAUUCAUUAUUGCCUAACACUUGGAUGGUUUUACGUAUAGAUGGAAGAGGUUUUCACAAGUUUUCGGAUAAGCAUAAAUUUGAAAAACCAAAUGAUAAAGCAGCUUUAGAUCUUAUGAACAAAUGUGCACAAUCAAUUAUGAAUGAAUUUCAUGAUAUAAUAUUAGCAUAUGGACAAAUUUUGUGUUCAAAAAAAAUUGCAACCUUUAUGGAAGACGUGAAUCUAAUUGUUAGUCAAUUUUCUUCUAAUUAUGUAUAUUAUUGGAAAGAUUAUCUUCCAUCAAAAGAAUUAUUAUAUCCACCCUCAUUUGAUGGUAGAAUUGUAAUUUAUCCUAGUGAUAAUAAUUUACGAGAUUAUUUAUCUUGGAGACAGGGAACAGUUUCAUCAGAUAAAAACGAACUAUUAUUUUCUAAAUUUAAUAUAAAUUAUAGUAAAUUACCAGAAAUGUUUCGUAAAGGUUCUUUAUUAAUUCAUCAAAAGAUUGAAGAAAAAACCAUAAAUCAAAAAGGUUUAGAAGUUACAAGGGGAAAAAAUGUUGUUCCAAUAUUACAUUCAACGAUAAGCGUUGACAAUAUUUCAAUUAUAGUUAAUACUGUAAAGCUAUAUUACGAUUCUGAGCAAACUUGUCAAGCUACUACAACUGCUACUACAUUAGGAAUUUUGGCUAAAUGGUUAGAAACAACAAGAAACAUUUCUGUUACCACUGAUAAUCUAUAUAAUAUUCUGCAAGUUCAUUCGGAGGAAUUCAUGUUGGGUCAAAAAUGGUUAAAAACAAUAAAAUAA